GGCCGGGCAUGCCCAGUGCGGGCCGUGCGGGUCCCGGCCUGCUCAGGACCGACACCGCCAUCGCCACCGGAGACCGGAGCCGGGACCCCGAGCCGGGACCAGCCCGCCGCCACGGGCCCCCACCGGCCCCGACAGGCUCCGUCUGUUUCCUGGCCGUCCACGAUGAGAGAUUGGGGGGCCCCCGUCCUCCCUCCCCCCUGUAGUUGAUAGUCCGGGUGACGAAGGGGAAGGCGGGCGCGGAGAUGGCCGACAGUGUGAAAACCUUUCUCCACGACCUCGUGAGGGGCAUCAAGGACUCCAUCUGGGGCAUCUGCACCAUCUCCAAGCUGGACGCUCGGAUCCAGCAGAAGAGGGAGGAGCAGCGGCGGAGGAGGGCGAGCAGCGUCCUGGCCCAGAGGAGAGCGCAGAGCGAGGAGCGCAGGCAAGAGAGCGAACCCCGGAUUGUGAGUCGGAUCUUCCAGUGCUGCGCCUGGAACGGAGGGGUGUUCUGGCUGAGUCUGCUCUUGUUUUACCGAGUAUUUAUUCCCGUGCUUCAGUCGGUCACGGCACAAAUCAUCGGAGACCCUUCCCUGCACGGAGAUGUCUGGUCCUGGCUCGAGUUCAUCCUCACCUCCAUCUUCAGUGCCCUCUGGGUGCUCCCCCUCUUUGUGCUCAGUAAAGUCGUCAAUGCCAUCUGGUUCCAGGACAUCGCCGACCUGGCUUUCGAGGUGUCGGGGAGGAAGCCCCAGCCCUUUCCCAGCGUCAGCAAGAUCAUCGCCGACAUGCUUUUCAACCUCCUGCUGCAGGCCCUCUUCCUCAUCCAGGGCAUGUUUGUGAGCCUCUUCCCCAUUCAGCUGGUGGGCCAGCUGGUCAGCCUCCUGCACAUGUCUCUCCUCUACUCGCUCUAUUGCUUCGAGUACCGCUGGUUCAACAAAGGAAUUGAGAUGCACCAGCGGCUGUCCAACAUCGAGAGGAACUGGCCCUACUAUUUUGGGUUCGGCCUGCCGCUGGCCUUCCUCACCGCGAUGCAGUCCUCUUACAUCAUCAGCGGCUGCCUCUUCUCCAUCCUUUUUCCUCUCUUCAUCAUCAGCGCCAAUGAAGCAAAGACCCCCGGGAAAGCGUACCUCUUCCAACUGCGCCUCUUCUCCCUGGUGGUGUUCCUCAGCAACAGGCUCUUCCACAAGACGGUUUACCUGCAGACGGCCCUGAGCAGCUCGGCGUCCGCAGAGAAGCUGCCUUCGCCGCACCCGUCUCCUGCCAAACCCAAGGGCGCCGCGGGCCACUGAACCCCAGCUCCCCCGACCCAUCCCUGCCCCGCUGAAGGGGACGCAAGGGGCGGGGGCGGCCGUGCCCCCUACACCCCCAUCCCCGGGGUAAGCGGGGUCCCCUCCGCCAAGGGGCCCCUGCACAUUCCCGCCGUUCCCUGGAAGGAUUGGGAAUAUUCGUCGUCUCGUCGCGAGUGUCGGGCGGCACCUUUUUUGACCCCAGCGCACGGAUUUUUCACGCCGCGGCGCGACCGAGGUGGCCGCCGGUUUUUCUGCAACUUUUCUAGCGUUUGCCAGCCUUGGGCCCGGACCGGUUUGGAAUCGUCCGCUUUUCUCCCUGUGCCAUCUCCCCUCCCGGAUGAAUGGGUUUUGUAAUUCCAGUUGUGGCGGUUAUUUUGUUCUUCCCUCCUCCCCUUUCUGUCCCCUGUGGAGCGUGGGCAGCCGAGGGGAGGGAGGGCGGGAGGAGCGCUUCUCCGGCCCCCCGUCCUCCCACGGCGGUCUCCGUUUCUCGUAACUCAGGACAGGUUUGUGGUCGCCGCCGUCCCCGGCCCUGCUCCGUGGGAGAAGCGGGGUCUGAAGAGAUGGGGCACGGGCCUCGUCCAGCUCCGUUGGUGCCCAUCUCUGGAGUGCCAGCCGUCGGUCCAUUCAGGGUUCCCUCGUCCACGGGGACGUGCCGGCUCCGGGGGUGGGCCCCAAGACGCCCCGAGAAGGGGCACCGGCCCAACCUCCGCCCCCCAAAAAGCUGACCGUCCGAAAUCCGCCACCCCCGUCCGCAUUCGGAGAGAACCUCACAGCCGGGCUGGGGUAUCUGUGUGUAGGGCCGGGGCCGGCGGGAGGCCUCCUUUUUUCUCUUCCCCCUCGGGGAUGAUCAGCGGUCAUUUUUCACUGGAGAUGAAUUAAGGCGGCGACGGGAGCUUUCGGUUUCGUGCCCCGGCUCCGGUCGAAAGCCGUCCCGUUCGGGCGUGUGUCCGGCUCCCACGGGGUGGUCCAGUUUUGUGGGUUCAGGGAAGGGGACUGGAACUUGAGGGGGUGGAGGGGGACAGCCCCAGCCCCCCCGCGUCUCUCUGCCCCACGGUAGUUUAGAGGAAGGGUUUGGCUUCGCCCCUUUCUCCCGGUUCAGAGAAGCGACUUUUGCGUUAGGGGGCUCAUCCAAGGGGGUUUUAAAUGUUUGCGCUCCUCUGCCUUGAAAAGGGAGAGACAUCAGGCUCCAUCCGGACUUUGUCGGGCGGCCAGGUGCCGAUUCUCCCGUCGCCGGCACACCUCCCUUGGCGGGGGCCUCGGGGAGCCCACUCGGCGGGCGUUUUCUCCGGCGUGAAAUCGUCAGAGCGGCCGUCGCUGGGGAAUCGACAGGUUGGGCUCUGGGAGGGAAACAACCGGCACCGCGCCCCUCGGCCUCACCGCCCCGCUUCGGGCAGCGGGCUCGGGCCGGAGCACCGGCCGAGGCCGUGCUGAACCCCGCCGGCCUCUGUCGCCGGCGCCUUCUGAGCUGCCGACGAGACACCGGAGGCCGCAUCGGAGGACCCGGGCCCGGACCGUCCCCCCGGCCGCUGCCGUGGGCCCGGAGGGUGGGGGGAUUCAGCCGCCGAGCGUUUCGGUAAAUUUGAAAUCCACGCUAUCGACUUUUGGAAUUUCUUUUCACAAUAAAAAAAAAGAU